UCUGCCGAUGCCUCCACUGCAUUAGCUGCUCUUCCAGGGGAGCCUAAUUCAGUUCUAGGCGUGGCGCGUCUUUUUCGGCUUGUCACUUUUCCACUAUGUCCUAGUGGCCCCGGUAGUAGCCUCGAUUCAACCUGGCUUUCUCCACAUCCUCCAUUUGUUGCUGGUGGAGUUGGCGGCGGCCAUUCUGCCGCCUACUUGCCUCUUCUCGAAUCUGCUGCUGCCAGCUUCUCUGCUCUGUCUGGAGCCAGUUGUUCUGCGAUAUAUGGCGGGCCGCAGCCAGCGAGUAGUGCAGUGAUUGAUGCAGCAAUCGACUUGUUUGGCCUGCUUUUUCCUGCGGUACCUGGCCGUCAUCGCCUACAAGUGCUGGACCACUGUGCUGACUGCAUACGGCUAUCUAAGUCUACUCGCCAGGAGGCCAUUCAAUGCAACGUAAUCGCGGCUCUCCUGAUCGCCCUGCGUCGCUUGGCCGAAACAAAGUCAUCGUUUGGCGAGGAUACAGAGCUCCGAAAAUCAACCAUCAAUUUGAUUUUUGUAGGCCUCCUCCUGACACUUACAUCAGCUAUUGUCACUCCCAAUCAACUGUUACGAUGCGCGGCUGGAGAGUGUCUUGGUCGACUCGCCCAGGUUGUGGGGGAGACACGUUUUCUUGCUGAACUUGCGCAACAGAGUCUAGAACGUUUGCGUACCUUGCGGGACAGUCUUACGCGGGCAGGACACUGUCUGGCUCUCGGUUGCCUUCAUCGUUACGUCGGUGGUUUAGCUUCGGGCCAACACCUCUCAACCAGCGUUGGUGUUCUUCUAUCAAUAGCCCAGGAUACCAGCGCACCUGCGGUUCAAGUUUGGGCUCUUCAUGCGCUAACAUUGACAGCUGACUCUGGUGGCCCGAUGUUUCGUGAUUAUGUAGAACCCAGCCUUAGUCUAGUGCUUCAAAUGCUCCUGCGUUCCCCGUCAGGCAUGACCGAAAUACAUCACUGUUUGGCUCGUCUCUUAGGUGUUCUUAUAAUAACACUGGGCCCUGAAUUACAAGGUAAAUCUGCAAAAAAUAUUUCACCUGUAGUCAAUAUCGACUAUAAGACGUUUUCGUUCUUAUGA